GACAGGGUGGUGGGCGCUAUUUGAAAUGGCUCUCUUCGAGGUCGUCCGCGUCUGGGACGUUUGGCCGCGACUAACGGGGAGUCAGGUGCUUCGUGACUUGUUUCGCCAGGCACCGACCCGAUCUUCAGGCGAGAAUGUCUGUUGCGUAUUCUCUACCCAGAGCCACUUGUUUGUGGCUACAAAAGCUCAGGAAACAAAUGAAGAUCACUUGUAUGGCUUCUCCAGAGUGAAAGAGGAGGAGGAAGAGGUGGAGUGCCUUCUCCCUCUCUCAGGAAGUGGAGGACUGGCUGUGGCUGUGUUUGACGUGGAGGGAGUGGUGUGUGUUGUGAGGGAGUGGGGUCAGUUGGAGGUGUUCUUGGAGAUUGACACUGGAUGGAGACACACAGGUACUACUCAACUUUGCAAUGGUUGUGUGCACUGCUGUACUGUCCACAAACCCAGCAACACAUUCAUCUACUGUGUUAGUGCUCCUGACAGCCGUCUUCACCAGGUGUCUGCCUGCCGCUAUUACCUACAAGGUGACAGUGAUCACAGAGGUUUAUCCCUGGGAGACACCACACGUCUGCUCCUGUCGGACUGUCCUCAGGUAUAUCUGUGGCAGUGGAGAGGAGGCGUGGCAGUCCUCCCCAGUCAGGCACCGCCUGGCCUCUUGCUGCUGUGGUCACCUACCCACCCCUCUCAGCUACAACCUUUCAUCCUUGGAAAUGACUCUCCUGCAACUUGCUCCCCCUCUUCUCACUACCCUGCUCUCUGUUUACAGCUAGCUCCCUUGUGGAGCAAGGCCCAUGCAAAAGAUGGCAGGUGUUUGGUGAGUGUGACAGUCAGCACAGCAGUGGAAGAGCUGCUGGUCCUUCUAUCAUCAGGAGAAGUAAUCACUAUCGAGAAUGUGGACAGACCUCGUGGUCGUGUUGUGACUAAGCUCAAGGAUUUUUCAGAGCACUAUCCCCAGCCUAGACCCCACACAGCUGAGAUUCAGUUGUUUUCUCUCCACACCUACUGUGGCAUCUUCUCCAAGGGAGAUCUGAGGUUGUAUGAGAUGUUGUGUGGGGAGAUGGUGUGGGAGUCAGGGGAGCACGAGGGCCAUCAAACCUCCCUCCUGGCCCCUCCAUUCUCAACACACUGGAUCGGUAUUUAUGACAGCAGUGGUGUGUGGAUUCUGCGUAGUCAGAAGCUCUCAGAGCACACUCAGCUCCUCUCCCAGGCCCUCUUCCCCAUCACGACCAAUGCUGAUGAGACCACUCCAGGGGACUACCUGGACGAAGGCAGGGUACUGGCUGCUACUCUCUGUCUGUUGUGGAACCUUCCUCUCCCAGCUACCAGGUCUGCUCUUGAGGCUCUCCACGGCAUUGUCCAGAGAGACCGGGUAGAGGGAGUGAGUGUUAACGAUGCAUUUCUUCCUCAUCUUAGUUCUGAGCUGCAGUCUCUCUUGGGGCAUCUCAGUCUACAAUCUCCUGCCCUACUGGUAGCUCUGUUGGCAGAGCACCCCCGACACAGGGCUUUGGUGUCGAACUCUGUGAAGACAUUUCUGCAGACCUUUCCUGAUGAUAUCCCCACUCCCAUGACAAAGGAAAUAGCACCUCUCUUGAUGAAGUACCAGUCCCUCUCUCAUGACUACGAGGAGAAGAUUGUUCACUUCACAACUGAACCACUGCUGCAGACACCAUCAGCCCUCACUACCUCAUUACUGCACAGACUGGAGGAUUGUGGAUCUGAGAACAGCAGAGCAGGUCUCCGGGCACAGCUCCAGCUCCUCAGUUGCCUCUCACCAUCUGCUAGUCUUACUGGUCUUAGAAAUUUCUUUGCCGUGCCAAACUUCAGUUCAGCUGUAGAGGCCAUUGAGGUGGGGCACUGGGAUUCAAACAGAGACUGGAAGUCGGUGUUUGGAGUUGAGGUGGGCAGUGGAGUGAGGAGGAAGGCCCUGGAUCCUGUGGCUCCUAACAUACCAGUCUUUGAGCUGACAUGUCGUCUCCUCUACAGAGAACAGCCUGAAGAACUGGUGCCUUUUGUGAAAUUCGCUCAGUUUGCUAGAGACUACCAAGCUCAGGGAGAGUCUGCCUUUGCUAGGAGGUGUAGAAAGACAUACUUCUUCCAGAGGGCUGUGCAGUGCCUGCCAGUGUUUGUGUCCAAAGAAACUACUCCCACCUCCAGAAUGGCUCUGCUGGCCCAUUCUGACCUUCUCCUGCACAGGUUGACCCCACCUCUCAUGUUUGUGUCUUGUCUCUCUGUGAGCUGUGCUCUGCCGUUGCUAUGUGAACAACCUUUGCACUGUGGCUAGUUGUUUUGUUGUAGUGAGCUGAGUGGUAGUGAGGGAUCAUCUCUGGGGCUGCUGCUGAGAGGACAUCUGUGGGAGGAUGCAGUGGCUUUCUUAGAGAAUAAGGCCAUCGGCUCUUCACACAAAUACUGCUCUCUCUUCCAGUCUUUGCUGGGAACCAUGGCACAGGAGGGUGUUUUGCAUGGAUACAUUGAUCGUGUAUGGAGGCUAGUACCUGAGAACUUAAGGUAAGGGCUCUUAUUUGCAGCAGUCAUUUCACCCUUUUUUAAUAGUGUGUUUGAUACGUUGAGUCUCCUGGCUCGUUCUCCCCUCCACUCCCCCACUCCCAUAUUCUCUGGCCACAACUCCCUCACGGUUGGAGACAUUGGCAGCAGGCUCCUAGAGCUCCUUCCAACAACUAAUUCAUAAAAUUUUCAUUGAUAAAAAUUAAUAUUAUUCACUGUUCAUCAGGGCCACUUUCUGGUCUUCCACACUUGUAUGCUUGCUAGAACAACAUUAACAACAAGCAUGAACACCACAUAAUCUAUACAGUUGUAACAACAGGCCUUAUAAACUUAUCAUAGCUAUCACUAAGUAGGGUAUAUAGUACUUUGUAUAUAGGGAUUGGCAUGGUAAGCAUCAUAAUUGUAUGGGGCUAUAAUUCUAAUGAUAGGGAAUUUUCUUCAUCUUCUCCUUCUCCUUCAGAUUGAACUCGCGUAACUCAGAAAGGAAAUAACACCGUAAUGAAAUUUUGUAAGAAUGUAGAUAUCGGUCACCCGAAGAGACUGGUCAUUUGUAAACAUCAUUGUUUACUGUAAACAACAACAAAUACCCCAGGCAAUACAUUAUAAUGGCAUCAUAUUAUGUGUCAGUAUAAUGGUAAGAGCUAUGUGAAUGAAAGUUUGUAUACACAAUAGCCAACAUCAAACUCACAACAAUACAUGUUUGUAAAUAACUUUUAUAUAGCCUCACGCACUUUUCUUCACAUUUUUCUUCUUCACUUCUCAAACUUUCACGCAUAGAGAUGAAACUUGGUAUGUAUGCCUAUUAUAUUAUUUCCAUGACAAUUACAUGUUUCCAUGACGACCAAAUAUUGUUUGACAAAGCCUCAGGCAAUUGUUUUUUAAAAAACUACUUCUUCACUCCUCAAACUUGCUGCAUGUAUAUAGCAUGUAUGGAGGUGAAACUUGGUGCGCAUGUGUAUUACAUACAUCGUUUCCAUGACGACCACAACAACCAGGCACUUUUCUUUAAAAAUAAUUACUUCUUCACUCCUCAAACUCGCUAACUGUAGCACGCAUGGAGGUGAAACUUGGUGUGCAUGUGUAUCACAUAAUUUCCAUGACAACUACAUGUUUCUAUAACGACUACAUAUUGUUCAAUAGCUUCAGGCACUUCUCCUCAACUCACUAACGGUAGCACUCAUGG